CAUUUGUGACCUUAACCUGUGCUUUCCGGUAUGGCCGUGAGGACCUUGACGUUCUAGGGCUCUCCUUCCGAAAAGAUCUUUACAUCUACACUUUUCAGGCCUAUCCUCUCAUUCCAGAGGAAUCCAAACCCAACAGUCGUCUGCAGGAGAGGCUUUUGAAGAAACUAGGACAGAAUGCCUAUCCUUUCCAUUUCAGUAUACCGCAAAACUUGCCAUGCUCUGUUACUCUGCAGCCUGGGCCUGAGGACACAGGAAAGGCCUGUGGUGUGGAUUUUGAG